GGGGUGCGGGUGCGGAGUUCCCUCCCGGUUGUUCCCGUUCUCAUCCCAACACCGCUUUGCUUUAUCCCCCUUUCCCCGUACCGAGCCCCGCGGCCCGCCCGCAGCGGGAGGGGUGCGUGUCCCGACUGGAGCAGGGAGCAGCUCCCGUCGGGAUGGGCCGGGUGCACCGGGGGAUAACGAGCGUUCGGCUCUGCCGACACCGGGUUUGUCCCCGUGUAAGUGUCGGGAUGAGCGUGAGCAGCCGCCAUCCCGGCGCAGUGCGGGACCGUGCGGGCCCCGGCUCCCGCUGCCGUUGGCUCCGGGACAGCCCCGUCCCUGCUCCCAGCUUGGGCCACGGGACCGCGGGAUCUGUGCCCGCGCCGACCUUGCCAAGUGCUGAGUCAGGAGGGGAAGGUGCUUUUGGGGUGGUUUGCGCUGCAUUCCCCUGCCUUGCGAACGCCACCGCGCAUUCCCGAAGCUUGGAAGCGCCAUGGCCCCGUCCCAGCGUGCGGGGCAGUGCCCUCGAGGGCGCUGCCAUGGCUGAGCGGACGUCGCCGAGCAGCGGCGGGAGCAUCACACCUCUGCAGCAGAUGUUGGCCUCGGGGACGGGCGCCAUCCUCACCUCGCUCUUCGUGACGCCGCUGGACGUGGUGAAGAUCCGGCUGCAGGCUCAGAGGACCCCCUUCUCCAAAGCAUGUCCAGCACAGUCUGUGCCCUGGGGUGCUCAGCAGACCACAUGGAAGUGUUUCCUCUACUGCAACGGGCUCAUGGACCAUCUGUACGUCUGCCAGAACGGCAACGGCUGCACCGCCUGGUACAAGGCCCCCACACGCUUCACUGGGACACUGGAUGCCUUUGUGAAGAUCACGCGUUACGAGGGCAUCAGAUCCCUGUGGAGCGGCUUGCCCCCCACCCUGGUCAUGGCUGUGCCUGCCACUGUCAUCUAUUUCACCACGUACGACCAGCUCCGGGACUACCUGCAGGCUCGCACGGGGAGCCGGGGCCACCACAUCCCCUUGCUGGCCGGGGCCCUUGCCAGGCUGGGUGCCGUGACGGUCAUCAGCCCCCUGGAGCUCAUCCGCACCAAGAUGCAGUCGCGGCAGCUGAGCUACCAGGAGCUGCGGGUCUGCAUCCAGUCGGCGGUGGCUCAGGAUGGGUGGUUGUCCCUGUGGAGGGGCUGGGGACCCACUGUGCUGCGGGAUGUUCCCUUCUCAGCUCUCUACUGGUUUAACUAUGAGCUGGUGAGGGACUGGCUCUGCAGGAAGGCCUGGCUGGGCGAGGCCACGUUCAUGAUCAGCUUCACAUCCGGGGCCAUCUCCGGCACGGUGGCCGCGGUGCUGACGCUGCCCUUUGACGUGGUGAAGACCCAGCGGCAGAUUGAGCUGGGGCACAGUGAGCUGCACCCGGUCACAGCCUCCAAACCUUCCUCCACGUGGCUCCUCAUGCAGCGCAUCCGCGCCGAGUCCGGCACCCGGGGGCUGUUUGCAGGUUUCCUGCCCCGGGUCAUUAAGGUGGCUCCCGCCUGCGCCAUCAUGAUCAGCACCUAUGAGUUUGGCAAGACCUUCUUCCAGAAGCUGAACCAGGAGCGGCGCCUGCGCGGGCUCUGAGCGGGGCCCCUGCUCCAGGGGGAUGCUCCAGCUCAGGAGCAGCGACAGCAGCGGCUCUGCAAAGCCCAAGUGCCUUCGUGCUGCUCCCCACCUCCUGCUGCCCGUGCAUGGGGCCAGAGCCAGGCCUGCUCCCAUCCCCAGUGCACUGGGGGCACCUGUGCCUGCUGCUGUGCCACGGGGGGAAUGUGGGGUUCCCCGAGCUCAUCCCUGAGCCUGGAUGGAUGCUGCUGGAUCAUGGAGCUAUGGAUGCUCAGGCGAGGAUGAGGUGCAGGGCAGGAGAUGGGAACUGGGGCUCUGUGGAGGACCAAACCCUCGGUGUUUCCCUGCCUGCCCGGGCCCCCUCCAGCCCCUUGCU